GUUAAUCUCAUUCGUUUCAUUUGUUUGAGGUUUAUUUGUCAUUUAUUAUUAAGAUACUGAACCCCAAAUUGCCCCCUCACCAUUGCUUACCAUUUCACCAUAAAAUGAUCAUGUUAUAUGGGUAUUCGGUGUUGAGAUGGUGAAAAUGAUUUUAAUACGUGUCUAUUAUCUUUAUAGGACAUUUCUCUUGUGUUGUAUCACUAGUAUAAAUGUAAAUCAAUGACUGAGUAUCGUAUACUCUAAACAAGUCUAAUCAGGUGAGUUGAUGUGAAUUUAUCAGCAAUAUGGUCUCAGAGAGAAAGCCAUUGUUAGCAACUAUCAAUAGGACAGGAAGACUUUGAUAAGGAUUAGGAAACACCCAGUCUUACAAAAGCUGACUUUCUUAAGGAGAGGAAAGCAUUUCACUCUUUGAAAACACCAAACUACCAGGAACAGUGGGCUUGUAAAAUAAGCUUUGACCAGCUUCACGCUGCUGCUGUUUGUUGUGCGUUCAAAAGGAUGGAUACUCGGGAAGCAUUGUGAUGUUCACAGAGGAGGAUGUACGAGUGCAAGCGAGUCAUGAUUGUCUGCGUGUGCGUUUGCGUUCAGUGAACCUCCUGAGCCUUCCGGUGCAGGUCCGACACACAUCUCUUGUUGGACGUUAGCCAACCAGUGCAGGUUGUGUGUGUGUGUAUGCGGGCUUGUGCCUAUGUGCUCAGUGGCUUUAGGGGUUUCAGGACUUUUUAUUGACAUGAUCAACAAGUACACAUUAGUAGCCGGGUUACUCAUUACAGGUGAUGCUGUAGUUUGUUUGUGAUAAGGCUCUCGCUUUGAGAACAAAGUCCUGUCAGGUAUAACAAGCCGUCAGCUACUUCAGCACAUCCCACCCAUCCCUCUCAGGACCACUGCUGCUGCUCAGGCCUCUCAGAGUUGUGUUUUCUGCCUCCUCGCAUCUAUCGAGAACAGCAUCAUGAGUGUAGAGUCCAAAAAAACACGUGAGGCCUGCUGCUCCAAGCUCAAGCUCUUCCUGGCCUCGCUGGCAUUUGUGUAUUUUGCCAAAGCCUUUUGUGGAGCCUACAUGAAGAGCUCCAUCACUCAGAUUGAGAGACGCUUCGACAUCCCCAGCUCCCUCAUUGGGGUUAUCGAUGGCAGCUUUGAAAUGGGCAACCUGUUGGUCAUAGCCAUUGUUAGCUACUUCGGUGCGAAGCUCCAUCGUCCACGGCUGAUCGGUAUCGGCUGUCUGAUCAUGGCUGCUGGAUCUUUCCUCAUCGCAAUGCCCCACUUCUUCCAGGGAUUGUAUAAAUACGAGACAAGUAUGACUCACAGCACAGACAUAAACAGCACAGAGAACAUCCUGCCCUGCUUGUCCAACCACAGCAUCCCUGACGCAGAUGAGACGCUUGAUUUAGCACCUCAAGCAGCUUGUGAGAAGGCAGCUGGCUCGUCCAUGUGGAUCUACAUUUUCCUGGGAAACAUGCUGCGGGGGAUUGGAGAGACUCCCAUCAUGCCUCUGGGUGUGUCCUACCUGGAUGAUUUCUCCAGAGAGGAGAACACUCCUUUCUAUUUGGCUUGUAUCCACACAGUGGGAAUCUUAGGACCUAUGUUUGGGUACAUGCUUGGUUCCUUCCUUGCCAAGAUCUAUGUAGACAUCGGAUCUGUGGAUUUAGACAGCAUCAGCAUUAACCACAAGGACUCCCGCUGGGUGGGGGCCUGGUGGCUGGGCUUCAUAGUGACCGGCAUCGUGCUGCUGCUGUCCAGUAUCCCAUUCUGGUUCCUGCCCAGGUCCCUGCCCAAGCAGGGCGAGGAGGGGAGUCAGAGUAAGAGCACAGAGCUGGCCACAGUGGCAGAGCAGGAGAAAUUCCUGGCAGAGGAAAACCAGGAGCAUGACGAGAAAGAGAAGCCGGUUUCGUUCCACGAGAUGGCUAAAGAUUUCGUUCCGUCUCUGCGACGACUCUUCAAGAACAGCAUCUACGUACUGAUGAUCCUAACGCACCUCGUGGCCGUCAAUGGCUUCAUGGGCCUCAUCACCUUCAAGCCGAAGUACUUGGAGCAAGUCUUCGGCCAAUCCGCCUCCAGGGCCACUUUCCUCAUAGGUAUCCUGAACCUGCCGGCCGUAGCUUUGGGCAUCAUCACCGGAGGGUUUGUGUUGAAACGCUUCAAGCUGGGCAUCGUCGGAGCAGCCAGGGUGUCCAUUACUGCCACAAUGGUGUCCUUCUGUCUGCUUUCCAUGCAGGUCUUCAUGCACUGUGGACAAGCAGACGUGGCUGGUCUCACUGUCUCAUAUCAGGGGGCUCCUCAGGUGUCACACGACCAUCAGACUUUGCUGUCGCAGUGCAAUGUGGGCUGCUCCUGCUCGGUGAAGCACUGGGACCCGGUGUGUGCCUACAACGGCAUGACGUACACCUCGCCAUGCCUGGCCGGCUGCCAGACCUCCACUGGCAUUGGCAGGGACAUGAUGUUUCAUAACUGUAGCUGCGUCGAAGACAAGAGGACAUCAUCUGCGAACAUGUCUGCAGUGCUGGGCCAGUGCCCCAGGAGCAGUGACUGUGAAGGCAUGUUUAAAAUCUACAUGGCUCUGUCUGUGAUUGGAUCCUUCAUCUCUGCGUGCGGGGCAACACCAGGAUAUAUAGUGCUGCUCAGAUCCAUACAGCAAGACCUGAAAUCCCUGGCAUUGGGAAUGCAGACACUGAUAGUAAGAAGUCUGGGUGGGAUCCCUCCUCCUAUUUAUUUCGGAGCACUCAUCGACCGAACCUGUUUGAAGUGGGGUACCAAGCAGUGUGGCGGUCGAGGAGCUUGUAGGCUCUAUGAUGCUAACGCCUUUAGGGUGACAUACAUGGGCUUGAUAAAUGGACUCUACUUCCUGUCCAACAUGCUGUGGGUGGGUCUCUACCUCCGAAUUGUCAAGCGACAGAAGAAGUUAGCGUUGAGGAAUCAGGCUAAAGAAAACGGACUAGAGGCGAACGGACAGGUCAACGGACACGCAACCAUCAGCAUCGCCAAAGACAAAGAGGAGGCAGACAAGGAGACCACCAUUUAAGAUGGUAUGAAAUCAAACCAUAAUACAGGUGAAUGACACAUGUAGUAUUUCCCAUUACUUAACUACUGUGCUGCACCCGGACUGGACCAGAUGCAGUAAUGGUACAGUGUCAGAAUUGUAUACCUCUUUUUCUAUGUAGUAUGUGUAUAUAUGCUGUAUUCAUAUAUACAGUAUAUGCUCAGUUUAGUGUAUGUACAGUACAUUGUUUUAAAUACUAGUUCAAGAGAAAGUGUUGUUAUGUGUUACUGACAAAGUAUUUUUGAAUAUGGCAGACACUUUGUGGGAUUAUGGAUCCCUCUGCUUGUCUUCAUUCAACUAUAUUAUAAUGAAGACACAGAGGGUGGUUGAGGGUAUCAUGUGUGAUAGGUUAGUAAAAUCGUCCAGUUUAGACAAGAUGAGUAAUUGAAGAGGCGUAAAUACACAAAGUAUAAGAGGAAUAAUUAGAAAUGGCAGAUAUUUGAUUUCACAUACAGAUGAUUAUUUUUGUUUUAAGAAAAACCCCUUCACUUACUGUAUACAGGAUGAGUUAUUAUAGACGGUACCUGUACCCAUCAAAGUAAGUGAAGUCUGUGAUUGCUGAAGGAUGAUCCAGUCCGUGAACGCAACACAAGAAUGAAAUAUAUUUAGUUUAUUAAGGAAGAUUGAUCAGAUGUGUAAAACUUUAACGAGGAGGAGGAGAUCCAGACACGUUUUCUUAACCAUUUUAUAUCUGCAGCUCAAUCCCAUUUUAGUUGGUGCCCAUAUAUGGGCCACCUAAAAAAGAAUAGUUCGGCUGGAGGAAUAAGACAAAUUAAACUACAGACUGCCAUUUGUUAGCUCAGCUCAGCUUAGCACACAGAGGCUCAACACUGGUUAGUUUGUUUAGUCUGCUCAAAAAGUAAAUUCCAAAAACAUUGUACAUGUCGUAGAAUGUAUGUAACGCAUUGAAUAGGGAGCAUCAGACUUGUGAUGUACAAUGUACACAACUAGACCAGUAGGGAAGUAAGAAAUCACUCAUAGUGGAUGGAGUCGAGAACCGUUUUGUCUAUCUGUUCUGAGAGGGGCAAAAUUCUCUCAUACAGAUCCUCAAGUGAUUGUCAAGUGCUGGGUUAUCUUUGUAGUAAAUUUAAAAAAUUUGGCUUCAGUGUUCAACAAAAAUGAUCUAGUUGUGUUUUCCCAACUACUUUGCUAUGGAUAUUAGCUCAUUCCCCUGUCAUAGCUUUGUCCUCUGGAAAAGAAGGACAGGACGUUUGGGGGGAUUUUUGAUUUAUUAAUUUUGAGAAAUCUGCCUUAAUGGCAUUAAGGUUAAAAACAAUAAAAGCAUUUUAUUUAAAAUCACAUUAACUAAUGUCAGACUUAUAUUGCAAUUCCAAUGAACACCUUCUCUCACGAUGAACAGUUCAGUUUGUUUGUCUCGAUUUUGAACAGUUCACCUAUUUUACAAAUAUUCAUUUAUUUGCCCUCUAUUCCACAUUCUAGAAGUCUGUAACAGAAUCCCUCAUGAAAAUGUACCCGGAAACUUUGCUAAAAUGAAUAAAACAUAGAAAUAUAGCUUUUUUACAUGUUUGGUACCACAGUAUAGUGAUUAAGGAGGAAGCCAAGAUGAUUUAUGGUCUUAAAAUGGUCUUUGUAAAGGAAAUCUGACAUUUCUCUAAAAAGCACAGACACACACACACAUACACUCAUAUAAAUAGAGGAAUCAAGUCCAUUGGACCAGAUGUCAGGAGAAUUAUUCUGACUAUAACAUAACAUUGAUCAACUUGAGCACUGUCCCCUGCAUUUACAUUUUUACAGGCACUGAAAUAUAUUUCAAAUCUUUCAGGAAAUGUUGGUUUAACUUUUGUCUCGGUUUAAACUCACUUAUACAGAUUUUCUAAAGGUUUUGAAUAAACUAUGCAGAAUCAUCUUCAUGAAUCGUUGUGCAUAUUUGAGAUGCCCAUUAUGGGAUGUACUGUCAGCUGUCACAGAGGCAGAAAGGUCACUUUACGCUCUCUGUUAAUGGCCCCUGGCUGCAUCGAACAUGUCCGAACAUGUUGUGUGACUGACACUGCACACACUUCUUGUUACAUCACAUUAUUUUACACAAAAACUAGAGGUCAACAUUCACAUAAUCCUCUGAAUCCCCUCUGUUUGUUUUGGAAAGUUCUCUAAAGUUUGCACAGUGGACUAAGAGCUGGUGCAUUGUCGCUCUGCUACUGUAAGUUUUAACUCUGUUAUACAAUGACUGCAUAGUUGUAGAAAAAAAAAUUUAGAUGUGCUAUUAAAAACUGUUAAUAAAAAGAAUUCAUAUUGUUGUUUUUUUUGUUUUAUCUUCAUCAUUGCAUUUUUACAAUUAUAUUGAUUGUCCUUGAAAAUAUAUGUAAGCCGAAUUUUCACAAUAAACAGUUUUUAUGCA